AUGAACAGUUCCUGCGAGUAUCUGGACAUCAACGACAGCUCCCUACCGAUAAUCAACAAGGAAAUGUUUUAUUUUCUCAAUUUAACACAAAUAACAAUUGUAGCUGGAGUAGACGUGGUUGACAAUAAUACUUUUGAACGCGUCAAUAUAUCAACUAUUACACUGGAAAAUAAUACUAUUAGAAAGAUAAAAGACUACGCCUUUAAAUCGUUCUCGAUAUAUGUAAUCAGUCUCCAAAAUAACCUCCUUACAAACAUAGGACAAAAGACAUUUUCAGGAGCUGCAAAUUUAAGAAAGUUGAACUUAAAUAAUAAUUUAAUCAGUAAUAUUCAUCCAGAAGCGUUUAAAGAUUUGGGAAGUCUCGAAGAACUGAAAAUAUCCUCCAAUAAAAUUGUUAGCUUGGUGCAAGACGUAUUUUAUCCUCUCAUUAAUAUACAAUCCAUCGAUUUAAAUAAUAACUCUCUUAUAGACCUAGAUGUUGAUACUUUUAGUAAAAAUAAAGCUCUACAGUAUGUCAAUCUUCAACGAAAUAGACUUGCUGUCUUGGAUGCUCACUUUCCCAGCUCUUUAGUACAACUAAACGUGGAAUAUAAUUCAAUAACUAUGUUUAAUAUAUCAAAUUUGGUUAAAUUGAAUACAGUUCUAUUAAAUUUUAACAAAAUAUCCAAUUUAAAAAAUGCUUUAAAGAAUUUGCCGUCUCUUCACUAUCUACAUUUAAAUAAUAAUCGUGUAGGAAACUCAUCUGUGGUGGAUCUUGAUGCUUUUUCAGAUUUAAAGAAUAUUUCUAUUAUAGAGCUGGAUCACAAUAAUUUAGACUUAAAUUUCGAUUUUAGGAUAUUUAAGAAAGUUAAAGCAUUAGAAGGCGUUUCGUUUGUUGGAAAUCGUCUUCGAAAACUAGACUUUACUGAAUUUCCAUCCGAAAUUAAAGUUCUAAACUUGAGUCAGAACGUUCUUUUCGAGGUUAAAAAUUUAUCUGUAUUUACUGCAUUAAUUAAAUUGGACAUAAGGAUUAACUCGUUAAAAGAAAUAGAUUUCGAUAUGCUGGCAGGUCUAAAUCAGUUAAGUGAAUUGUACUUAGGCUAUAAUAUAAUCAGUAAAUUAACCAUGGGUUGUUUUAGAAGUUUAAAGCAACUAAGAACACUAGAUCUGAGCCAUAACAAAGUAUCAACCAUUGGUGCUGGAGUUUUCAAUGGUUUAGAGAGUAUAACUGAUUUAGAUUUAAGUUAUAACCAAAUCAGUUAUUUGAGCGAGGACAUUUUUCAUAAUAUGAAAAAUCUUAGAGUUUUAAGCAUUGCUUACAAUAACUUGACAAGUUUCAAUAUGAAAGCUUUAAUUUCUCACGUGCUGUGGUUCAGAGAAAUCGAUAUGAAUGGAAAUAACUGGACUUGUAAGCUUCUCAUAAGCAUCAGUAAGGAGAACAAACCUGUACAUUUCAUGAAUGGUGAUUCCUAUAACGUUAGUAAUGUGUUUGGCAUUCCUUGUAGGGAUAAUAAUAAUACUGAUGGAAAGUAUUAUAGUAACUAUGAAGAAGUUUUACCAGAUAUCGUUCAUGAAAUCAAUCUUACUGCAGAGUACCUUGAAAGUAUAUCUGUGAAGUUAAGUUAUAUAAUUGUUUUUAUUAUUUUUCUGUUGGUACUACUUUUUGCUAAGUUUCUUGUUGAUAAAUAUUCAUCACAAGUUACAGCUGCUGCUCAGUUUAUAUAUCAGAAAUCUGAGAGUGAACCUGAACUUCAGCUAAUUUAAUAUUAGAAAAUGUAAAUGUAAAACUUUUUGCACCCUUUUGAAUAUUGUGCGAAUAUCAGAUGUAUUGCAUUAGAUUCUGAUAUCACCUUUCGCCUCUUCUUCUUCUUCAGGUGCCACCUCCGCUACGGAGGUUGGCAGUCAUCAUAGCUAUUUUAAUUUUUGAAGCAGUAACUCAAAAUAAUCAUUAACACAGUAACUCAGAUUCUUAAGCCAUGAAAUUCAUCUUCUUUCGAUGCUUCUUCUGCCACCUAUCUUUCCUUGCAUUAUGAGUCGCAGGAUGCCAUACUUCUCGCCCCGCAUCAUAUGUCCGAAAUACCUUUCUUUCUUUAAUUGUUAGUUCAACUUUCUUCUCUUUACCUAUUCUUCUCAGUACUUUAUUGUUCGUAACUUUAUCUAUCCAGGAAACCCUCAUAAUUCUUCAAUAGGUCCACAUUUCAAAGGCGUUAAGUCGUCUAAUUGUUUCUAGAUUUAACGCCCAUGAUUCCACUACAUAAUUAGUACAGUGUAUACGUAACAUUUUGUUUUGCGUACUUUAAGAGCUAAUAAAUCUUGCCAUAUAGGACCUUUUUCAUUUUCAUAAAAUUAGAACGUGCUUUUUCGAUUCUGACUUUGAUUUCUGCAGUGUAGUCAUUAUUUUCUGUUAUAGGUAUUCCUAGGUAAGUGUACUUUACUCUUUCGAUCUGCUGGCCCUUUACUAUCAAUAUUUUGUUAGUAAUAUGGUUGUUUUUACAAAUUGUUAUAAACUUCUUUUUUUAUAUAUUUAGCGAGAGUCCGUACUCCCUACUACACAUUACUAUUUUACUUCUGAGUCUUUCUAGGACUUGUAAACUAUCGGCUAUUAUUACUGUAUCAUCUGCAUAUCUGAUGUUGUUAACUAAGACUCCAUUUACUGUUAUGCCGACUGUUUCAUCUUUAACUUUUAUAGCUAGCUUGGCAAUUUUUCUGGACCAGCAGAUUUAUUGGUUUUCAUUGAGUUUAAUUCCUGACUAACCUCUGAUUUGGUUAUCUCUGGGCCUAAAUUUUCCGUUUGGCUAUCUACAAGUGUACUAGCUUCUCCUUGCUCACGAUUAAUUCCUCGAAUUACUCUUUCCAUCAUCGUAGUUUUUGUUUUUUCUCCAAUAUAAUAUUUCCAUUUUUGUCGAGUAAUAUAUUUGAGGUUCUUCCAUUUCCUACUCCGGCUAGUUCUUUGAAUUUUUAUGUGGAUAAAAGUUGUCAUAUCUGUUUUGCAGUUCUUCUAUUUCUUUACAUUUUUUAAAGAACUAGGUUUCUUUAGCCUCCUAAUUUUCUUCUUAUUUGGUUUUGACGCUGUUUAUAGCGGAUUGUGUUGAUGGUUUUGUUUUUUCUCCUUUCAUUCAUCAACUCUAAAAUUUCCUCGAUCAUCUACUCUUUUUUCUUACAUUUGGUUGUUGUAAGUACUUUCUUACUUGGCUCCAAUAUAGAGGCUAUGAAGAAUAGCCAUUGCUGCUUUACGUUGCAAUUAUUUCUUGGGUUUCUAUCUAGAUUUGUGUUGAUUUCGUGUAUCAGAUUUUCUUUUGUUUCUUCUGACUUUAGUUUCUGUAUGUUAAGUUUAUUGUUGUUGCUGCUUUUUGCGUCUUUUUUAGUUAAAGUUGACACCUAGCAAUAAGAAAACUGUGAUCAGGGGAUACGUCUGCUUCUGGAUAUGCCUUUACUGGCUGAAUUAAGUUUCGAUAUUUGUGUUUUAUUAGGAUAUAGUCAAUUUGGUUUCUGCCGAUUUUGUUGUAUUUGUCAGCUGGCGAUUUCCAUGUAUAAAGGCGUCGUUUAGUUUAUUUAAAAAAUGUAUUUGCGGCUAUAACAUUAUGCUCCUGGCAAAAUUCUAUUAGGCGAUCUGCUCUGCCGUUUCGUUCACCAAGCCCAUAUGGUCCUAAAUUAGGGUAGCAUUUUUCUUCGCCAAUUUUUGCAUUGAAAUCACCCAUGAUCACUGAUAUAUCCCUAGGUACUGCGAGAUGUAAUGUUUUUUUGAAGUUCGCUAUAAAAGUUUUCUGUCUUCUUCAUUGUUGUCAGCAGUUGGCGCAUAAAUCUGAAAUAAGUUCACUUUUCCAUGGGUUGUCACUAGCUGAAACAUUAUCAUUCUUUCGGACAUCGAAACGAAUCCUGUUACUGAUCUCGUUACUUUUUCACUUAGGAUCAUAGCAACUCCAUAUCUGUGUGGAGUGUCGCUGCUUCCAGAGUGAUAAAUUCGUCGAUUGUCUGGAUUAAGUUCGUCAGAGCUGACCCAUCUUGUAUCACUUAUUCCUAAUAUAUCGAUUUCCAGUCGCAUCAUCUUUUGCUGUAUAUUCCUCAGUUUUCCAGGUUCAUACAUACUUCUUACAUUCCAUGUAGCGAUUUUGCAGAUGGAUUUGUAUAUAUUUAGUGAACAAGGAUUUCGC